GCCCUCACAAUUUUAAUAGUCUGGUAAAUAGCCACGUAUUCAAGCUCAAGCCACCAAAUUCACCCAAGUCACAAUAUAAAAAAGGCUAGCUCGCAAAGCCAAGAGGAGGUGACCUGCCAAAAACAAAGCAAGCAUGGGAUUAAGGGCUCUUCCAUUGUCACCUUCGCAAUACAGUAUCCCUAAGCAACAUUUGUACACCCAAAGGUUAAAAAGUAAGAGUUACCCAACAUUGUUUAGAGUUUCAGCUAAACAACAAGAGACAAAUGAUGAGAAAGAAGAGGGAAAAAAGAAGAGCAAACAGUCAUUGUUUAGCAGUGUGACUGAGGCUCUGGAUUUCUCUCAAGUUAGGUCUGUACAGGAUGCCGAACUUUUGGAUGAGGCUAGAGAAGCCACCAAGUCUGGUGGCAGAAUGUCAAGGGAACAGUAUGGGGCUCUGAGAAGGAAAAUUGGGGGGACAUACAAGGAUUUCUUCAAAUCCUAUGUUGAGGUGAAUGGAGAAUAUGUGGAAGAAGGAUGGGUGGACAAAACAUGCAAGGUGUGCAAGAAAGAUACAAGAGGUGAAGCAAGGCAAGUUGACAAUUUUGGUAGAUAUGUUCAUGUUGCAUGCUUGGAAAAGUCCAAUUCUGGGAAUUUCUUCACUAAACUCUUCUCUAGAUGAGUGUAGUUUUUGGUUUUCAAUUUUUGUAUUUUUUUUUAAGUAAAAACAUCCCUAAUCUGGAGAUAAGCAAAUGUGUCUGUAAUUGCUGGGGCAUUUAAGCCUCAAACUUAUUUCUUGAUUAUAUUGUACACUAAAUAUAUAUAUGUAAAGCACUGUUAUUUUAAUUUUAA